GAGGGACUCGCCCCCGGUGGAUGCGGUGGAGUUUGAGCUUUUUGCUGCAUCCGUCCCUGAAGAACAAAAUAAGAGUAAGGGAGACAAGCUGCAGAGCAUGGGAGGCUGUGGGGUUUUCUGAAACGUUUGCUGGGCUCUCCGCGGAGCAUGAGCUGUUAAAAGGAGUUCUUUGGAGAGAAAUCCAUUUGUGUUAGCUGGAAAAAUGAUACACAUGCUAAAUGCAGCAGCCUAUCGGGUGAAAUGGACCAGAUCCGGUGCUGCUAAAAGGGCUGCCUGCCUGGUGGCUGCGGCAUAUGCUCUGAAAACCCUCUAUCCCAUCCUUGGCAGGCGUUUAAAGCAGCCUGGCCACCGGAAGGCGAAAGCAGAAGAUUACCCGCCUGCAGAGAACAGAGAAAGACUGCAUUGCACAGAGAUCAUCUGUAAAAAACCUGCGCCGGGACUAAAUGCAGAUUUUUUCAAACAGCUACUAGAACUUCGGAAAAUCCUCUUUCCAAAACUUGUGACCACUGAAACGGGGUGGCUCUGCCUCCACUCGGUGGCUCUAAUCUCACGAACGUUUCUGUCUAUCUACGUGGCUGGUCUGGAUGGGAAAAUCGUGAAAAGCAUCGUGGAAAAGAAGCCUCGGACUUUCAUCAUCAAACUAGUCAAGUGGCUUAUGAUUGCCGUCCCCGCUACCUUUGUCAACAGCGCUAUCAGGUACCUGGAGUGCAAACUGGCAUUGGCCUUUAGAACUCGCUUAGUGGACCAUGCCUAUGAGACCUAUUUUGCAAAUCAGACUUAUUAUAAGGUGAUAAAUAUGGACGGGAGGCUGGCAAACCCUGACCAGUCUCUUACUGAAGACAUUAUGAUGUUCUCGCAAUCGGUGGCUCACCUGUAUUCCAACCUUACCAAACCGAUUUUAGAUGUAAUUCUAACCUCCUAUACCCUCAUCCGGACAGCUACAUCCAGAGGAGCAAGCCCCAUCGGGCCCACCCUGUUAGCAGGGCUCGUGGUGUAUGCCACUGCUAAAGUCCUGAAAGCUUGCUCGCCCAAAUUUGGUACUCUGGUGGCUGAAGAAGCUCAUAGAAAGGGCUACUUGCGGUAUGUUCACUCCAGAAUCAUAGCCAAUGUGGAAGAAAUUGCCUUCUACAGAGGACAUAAGGUAGAAAUGAAGCAACUGCAGAAGUGUUACAAGGCUUUAGCUUACCAGAUGAACCUUAUUCUAUCCAAACGUUUGUGGUACAUCAUGAUAGAACAGUUCCUGAUGAAGUAUGUGUGGAGCGGCUGUGGACUAAUUAUGGUGGCCAUACCUAUCAUCACUGCAACAGGCUUUGCAGAUGGUGAUCUGGAGGAUGGCCCUAAGCAGGCUAUGGUUAGCGAUCGGACAGAGGCCUUUACCACUGCUCGGAAUUUACUGGCCUCUGGAGCUGACGCGAUUGAGAGGAUUAUGUCUUCAUACAAAGAGAUCACUGAACUAGCGGGUUAUACUGCCAGAGUGUACAACAUGUUCUGGGUCUUCGAUGAAGUGAAGAGAGGCAUUUAUAAGAGAACUGUCACUCAGGAGCCUGAAAACAAUAGCAAGAGUAGAGGUGGCCUGGAGCUGCCCCUCAGUGACACCCUGGCAAUCAAAGGGACAGUCAUUGACGUGGAUCAUGGAAUCCUUUGUGAAAAUGUUCCCAUAAUCACGCCGGCGGGAGAAGUGGUGGCUUCCAGUCUGAACUUCAAAGUAGAAGAAGGGAUGCAUCUUUUGAUAACCGGCCCCAAUGGUUGUGGGAAAAGCUCUCUGUUCAGAAUCUUAAGUGGGCUCUGGCCUGUGUAUGAAGGAGUCCUUUAUAAACCACCUCCCCAACAUAUGUUCUAUAUUCCACAGAGGCCGUACAUGUCUCUUGGAAGUCUUCGGGAUCAAGUCAUUUAUCCUGACUCGGUGGAUGACAUGCAUGAGAAAGGUUAUACAGACCGAGACCUAGAGCAUAUUCUGCACAGCGUCCACCUCUACCACAUAGUCCAAAGAGAAGGAGGAUGGGAUGCAGUCAUGGAUUGGAAAGAUGUCCUUUCAGGAGGGGAGAAACAGAGAAUGGGGAUGGCACGGAUGUUUUACCAUAAACCGAAGUACGCAUUGCUGGACGAGUGCACCAGUGCUGUGAGCAUUGACGUGGAAGGAAAGAUAUUUCAGGCUGCUAUCGGGGCUGGCAUUUCCUUACUGUCUAUAACGCACAGGCCUUCUCUGUGGAAAUACCACACCCACCUAUUGCAAUUCGAUGGCGAAGGAGGUUGGCGCUUUGAACAGUUGGACACUGCUAUCCGCUUAACGUUAAGCGAGGAGAAACAGAAGUUGGAGUCGCAGCUCGCUGGAAUUCCCAAAAUGCAGCAGAGACUCAAUGAACUGUGCAAAAUUUUGGGGGAAGACUCGGUGCUGAAAACGAUCCAAACUGCAGAGGACACAUCCUAACUGACCUUGACAUGUUUUAAGUUAACUUCUAGGUGAUGCCUCAGAGACUCUUUCUUUACUGCAUGCAGUAUGUUAAGCUAAGUGAAGAGAAAGCAAGCCAGCAAAAAAAAAAAAAGUAUUUUGUAUGAUUUCAGCAUCGAGGAAAUAUGAUAACUUUUUCCAAUGAAAAAAAAAGCGAACGAAUUAGUUGCAGUUAGUCAUGACUCAGGUUAGUGCCCCGUGAGAGGCUAGCUCACCUGUAAAGUGGGUUUCUAGAUUAGGAGAGUGUGUGUGGUUCUUCCUAGGAGAGAAUGCCCCAAAACAAGACAGCAGGGGCACCAGCUGGGCCGAUGUCAGGAAUUAGACCUUUGAGGGCUCUUUCAACCCAGGUAACGGGGACAAUAGGUGCAACACCUGGAAUCUAUAGUCAGCAUUGCUAGGGGCCAACUCAAACUGUGUACAAAGUAGCAGGCUGUUUGAUACAUAGUUUCAGUCUGAAAAGGGUGUAUCCGAAUGACAGUGGUUGAAAACAAGCACGGCUAGACAAGUAUAAAGUACUGUAUUAAAUUUUUUCAUACCUUGAGCAUCUUAAUACAGAUACAGAAAUUAACAUUAAUAAAAAUUGUGUGUAUGUGUUUAAAAAAAAAACCCUUUUAUGUUUUAAAAAGAGAAUUGCCCAUACAGAAGAGGACGGUCUGAACGAUACUUGUUCUGGCUACCGCUUGACUCUGCAGUCCUAUUUAGUACGGUUUCUGUCCAGAAAUACUGUCUGUCUGGUGCCCAAAAUGGCAUUUUAGAAACUUGAUUGCUGCCCUAAAUAUGGAUCCUGGAAAUCACAGUUAUGUUCCUACAUUCAUUUUACCUUACUCCAUCUUUUAAGACAUACAAGUUUUUGUUCCUUUUUCUUCUGAAACGCGCGCGCGCGCACACACACACACACACACACACACACACACACAGAUUUACUUUAAUCACAUGAUUUAUUUUGGAAGAGCUGUAGCGAUCAUGAAGGUCUCCCUCCCCCACACACCAGACCCAGUGCUGUCAUCACUAAUGGCCCUUAAAUUUAACUGGGAUAUAAUGUCGGUUUUAAAACGAUGUGGACCAGGCAGAUGGCCAGAAAUGGUUGUAGGCAAAGCAGGGCAUAAGGGAAAAAAAUUAAAGCAGAUAAAUAAAUAUUAUUCAGGCAUAGAAGAGUGACAGUUGCUUCUCUUGUAGGGGACCUGAGUUCCAUUGCCAACAUCCACAUGGUGGCUCAAACGUGUGUCUAAUUCCAGCUCCAGGGGAUCUGACAUACAUGUAGACUCCAGGGAUCCUGCAUACAUGUAGUCCUCAUACACACAUACAUGCAGACAAAACAUUCAUAGCAUUAAAAAUCAAUAAAUCUGAAAGAUAGUAAGGAUAUUGAAAGCUGGCAAUGUUGAUGUUACCAUCACUUAAUUACUGUUUGUGAGAAGUGAAAAUUGAGUGAGAAAUGCAAUGGGCGUUGGUCAACGCAGCUCGGCUGUGCACACCCACCUGAUGCCGAAGUGUCUGCAGUGCCAGCGCUCAGGAGGGCAGUACAUUGCACUUCCGGUAAGCUUCACGCUGCUGAAGAUGACAGAGACCCUCACAUCAUAUGAAAUACAGUGCAUCUGGAGUACAAAACCACGACUAAUGCUUUAAUCUCAUCCUCUCUCAGACAUGACGAGGUAUGUGAAAACCCGAGAUGAACAGUUUUAGGGGCUUAAGGUUUUGUUUCUGUAUUCAGACAGCGCUUUAGCAGACACUAACUCUCGAUAACAGACGGUUUGGAAGACAGACCCCCUAGAAGUCAUUCACAAUGAUGGUCGUGAGAAAUUGCAGCAUUUCCACAUUUUCAAUUCCGCAAAAAUCUACACAAUUUGAAUUACCAAUCACUGUGACCACCUUACACAAAACAAUACAAGGUCAUAAUCAGUACCUUUGUAUUUGUCUGUUACUGCUACUUCUUACUAAUAAUGUGGGACACUAAUGAAAUAUUUGGUUUAGCAAAAGUAUAAAACCAGAAAUUGACACUGAAUUAAAAAAAAAAAAAACACAAUUCACUAAUCUCUUAACAACCGUGCUAGCAGUUACCCAGGUUAUAGUGCUAAAGGAGAAUCAUUUGAAGCAAGGGUCUUAUAUUAGCUCUGACAAGCACAAGAGGAAAAUUGAAAGUUCACAUUUGAAAUUAUACCAUUUCAGACUUAAAAUAAACCAUGUAAGACCUGAUAUCCUACAUUUUCAAGCUUUGCGAAAGAUGCCAACAUCAAUGCUACAUUCGGAACUAGACCUUAUUUAGUAGAUGUUACCAGCGAGCUGGAUCGAAAUAAAUAAGACUCGUUACACAGUGGAUGGGGGUUCAACGAUGUUUGGAAUUCGGUACUAAAACUCUAGUCACGAAAUUUAAACGUUAAGGUUUCAGAACUAACUGUUUCCCAGUAGCCUUUUGGUAACUACUGAUUUAAUGCUGGAUAUCUUUUUUUUUUUUCUUUUUUUUUUUUCCAGAGCUGGGGACCGAACCCAGGGCCUUGCGCUUCCUAGGCAAGCGCUCUACCACUGAGUUAAAUCCCCAACCCCACUACUGAUUUUCUGAACUGCCUCUUCUGAGCCAGAGUACCCUCCUUCUUAGAGGGAGAACCCGAUGUGGAUCUGUGUUGUGUAUAAUCUGACUCUUUCCAAAGUGCUCCCACGGGAGACCAGAGCUGAUACUCUGACAGGCAUACUUGUGAAAACACAAAGACCACUGAGACCUCUUCUUUGACUAGGACAAAGAAUAAUAAGGAAGACGAAGGAUAGCUUCAUCUGUCAAACUACUUUUUUUUUCCUUAGAAAAGGCAUAAAUGUAUGGAGUUCGAUUAUUUCGGGGAAUAACUCAAAACCUGCAUUGUGACAUCCGAUCUCUGGAGCAUGCUAUGGUAUGCCAAGCACCCAAGCACACUGUGUUCACUCUUACAGACGAGAUAAUUGCUAAAAUCCUCUUGAGUCACAAGGUCGGUGAUCGUACUUGAAAACCAGCCCAGUUCACCCUAUGUUUACACGGGAAGAGUUUUCCUUUGAUAGCAAUUUGACUUUUGACCCAAAUUUUGGCGUGUCAAUAAAGGUAUAA